AUGCGCCUAGACAACGAGAGUCUGCUCGACUUCUCGGACGAGCACGUCUCGGACGAGGAGGAGAUGCCUUGGGUCGCCAUGGGCUCUCAUUCUCUGUGGUCUUUUUCGACAUUGAUCGUUGGAGACACCCUGUUUCCAGAGUUCAGUUCGGUGGUGAUGCUGGAUGACAUCCAGGUGGCCUACUAUGAUUCAAAUGUGAACAACCUGAUCUACAGACAAUUUAAGUCAGAACAUGAAGAUGAAGAGCAAAAAGAUGCAAGCUUUAUAUUUGGACGGCCAUUGUACGACCAUUUCAGUGGAGGUACUCAUUUAUUUUUCUCAGCCAAAGGAGUCCAUACUCUGCAGAGAUUGGCUGGUUGUGAGCUACUUGAUGAUGACACCCCUGGUCCACUCCGACUAUUCAAUGCGUUCAACGGAGUGAAAGACUCAGUGUUGCAAUUCAAUGUGAAACAGAAGACUCUUCAGACUGAAGGUUUCUGGCAGAUAGAGUGGAGCCAAGGCAGAAAAGAAGUGGAGGAGUGGAUGUACACAAAUUUUUACAGCCCAAUCUGCAUUAAAUUCCUGAAGAAUUGGCUUCACAUGAAGAAAAAUGAUGUGAUGAGAAAAGUGAAGCCCAGAGUCAGGCUCCUCCAGAAGACACUCCCAGACUCUGGAGGGGCCAAAGUGACCUGCCUGGCCACUGGUUUCUACCCCCGUCACAUCAACCUGACCCUGCUCAGAGACGGCCAGCCUGUGUCUGACCACCAGAUCACUGAGGGGGAGCUGCUACCUAAUGGAGAUGAGACGUACCAGAUGAGGAAGAGCCUGGAGGUCAGCAGAGAGGAACUAAGAGUGAAACACCAUUACUCAUGUACAGCCGAACACCUCAGCCUGGACAACAAACUAGAUGUCAAACUGGAUCUUGAUCCAGGUGUAGGCACUGUGUCUAUAGUGAUUCCUGUUGUAGUGCUUGGAGUUGCACUCCUGUGUGUGGUUGGAGCUGUGGUCUUCAUGCGCCGUAGAAGACACAGCUCCACCCUCUGAUUAUGUUCCGGCCCAGAGUUUUUGGACUUUGGAGCUGUAGAUUCUGUGAUGUUCUGUGAUUUUGCUAAUCAAUACUCUUGUAUACCCAUAUCCUG